AUGGAUCCAGUCCCGGAGACGCCUGCCAUCGGGCCGGACACGGACCGCCGAGUCUCGAUCGAGGCCGCGGUCUGGACCAUGGUGGCGAUUUCUGGUGUUGUCAUGGCCCUGCGAGCGUGGGCACGGAUAUCCACCCGCAUGAUGGGCCACGAUGACCUGCACAUGGCCUUAUGCUGGCUUACAUUUAUCGCCCUCGGCAUCAUAACCACGCUGAUUGCCGAGUCAGGGGGCACACGGCACUUUGCUUAUCUGACUCUCGCGGAGAAGGAACACCAGGUCAAGCUGCAGAUCGUGCUGGAGAUGUUCGCCAUCCCCUGCACGGCCUUCGGCAAGGUGGCCGUGGCCUUCACCAUCCUGCGCAUCCUCAAGCAGUCGUCGGCCAAGUGGUACGCAUGGUCGUUGUGGGCCCUGAUCUGGCUCACCGCCAUCACGACGGCGGUCGACGUGCUGCUGGUGCUGUUCCGGUGCGGCGCGCCCGCCCACCUCUGGGACCUGGUCGGGCAGGCGACGGGCGCCUUCGCGUGCCUCGACGCGGGCGCCGUCUACGACUUCAACACGUUCGCCGCCGCCUUCCAGGCUUUUGCCGACUUCUUCCUCGCCCUGCUGCCCGUGCAUAUCAUCUGGGGCUUGCAGAUGCCCAAGGCGCGCAAGCUGGCCCUCAGCGCGCUGCUCGGCCUGUCCACCUUCACGGGCAUCGCCGCCUCGGUCAAGACGUCCAUCGCAGCCGAUCUGCUCGGCACCAGCACCGACCCUACCUGGGGCUUGUACGGGCUGGCCAUCUGGGCAGCGGUCGAAAUCACGUUGAUCGUCAUCUGCGGGUCGGUGCCCGCGCUCGUGCCGCUGUGGGAGCGCCUUGUUGGCCGCCGCCGCCGCCGGGGCUACGCCAACGCUAGUAACCCCCCUUACGUGGUCUCU